AUGAAGUAACCAAAAUUAAUAACCUAUUGUGGGCCAUACCGUAAAUCGUAUAAUCCCUGAUGCUCACUUUGUCUUUGAUCAGGCUUACCAAACAAGCAAUCCAUCCCUCUCUCAAUCGCUAGGCAAUUCUAGGGUUCCAAGCUCCUUCCCCAAAAUCCUUUGAUCAUCCAGGGUUUCAAUCUUCUGCUGCAAACCAGUAUGAGAACUAGAAAUGCCGAAACCCCCAAACCGGCGUCCAAAAAGAAGACGCCGCAGGCUAAGAAAUCUGCCGGCAAGGCUCCUCAGACCACGCCCGAAACGGGGGCAGGAUCGGUGACGCCGAAAUCAACCGAGACGAAGCGUGUCUCUGCAACCAAAGGGAAGCAGGUGAAGACCAACGAAACUACACCGACAUCGACACAGAACGCGGCUGCUGAAUUGAACACUGGAGCAUCAGUUGAAGAGGUGAAAACUGCAGCUAAUGUGUCUCUAAUAACACCAGAGACGAAAGCAGCUUCAGGUGCCAAAUCAGUGGUGAAGAAAACGCCGGGAAAAGCUAGAACUCCUCCUUCAGUAAAAGCUGUUUCUGCGAAGACACCUGCAUUGGGGGAGUCUUUAAAACCAAAGGUCGAGGAGCCCGUGAAGAAGGAAGGGGUUGAUGCUGCAAAGGAGGGGGAGUCUACAGAGAAGGAAGGGACUGAGUCUGCAAAGAAGGAAGGACCUGUUGUUAAAAACGUUGAAGAUUCCAACAAGAAGGAAACAAGUUCUGGUCAUCCAGAAGGCGUUCCUACCGAGAAUCCUAGAGAUACUUCGGAGCAUGAAGAAAUUGUUGCCUUGAAUGUUGCAAAAUCUCCAGAUAAUGGAGAAAUCAGUAUUGCCAAGGAAGUGCCGGAUGUGAAUGAAGAAUUGGGAGAGGAGAUAAAACAUGUUGAGGAUAAAGAAGAGACUAAGAAUGAGCAAGUUAACAUGGAAGCAGAAACAAAUGAGGCUAGAGUUGGAGAAGAUGCCCCAGUGAAGGAGGAUAAGUACUAUGGUGAUGAGGUAAUGGACUAUGGAGAUGAAGAGGGACUUGAAGAACCUGAGGAAGAACUUCCAGUAAGUGAUGCAGUGGAUCCUGGAGAAGAAACAGAGGCCUUGGAGGAAGAACACAGAGAACUGACUGCUAUUGCAAAGGAGCGGAAGAUAUCAAAAGCACACGAGAUAUUUGUUGGUGGAUUGGAUAGGGAUGCUGAGGAGGAGGAUGUAAAAAAGGUCUUUGAGAGGAUUGGAGAGGUAGUCGAAGUUCGAUUGCACAAGAAUUUGUCAUCUAAUAAAAAUAAGGGUUAUGCAUUUGUAAAGUUUGCUAAUAAGGAGCAUGCAAGCCGGGCUUUGUCAGAAAUGAAAAACCCCGUUAUUUGUGGGAAGCGAUGUGGAACUGCACCCAGUGAGGACAAUAACACAUUGUUCUUAGGCAAUAUUUGCAACACAUGGACGAAGGAAGCAAUCAAACAAAAAUUGAAAGACUAUGGCAUUGAAGGUGUUGGGAACAUCACUCUUGUCCCAAAUCCUCAACAUGAAGGAUUGAGUCGUGGUUUUGCUUUCCUUGAGUUCUCUUGUCAUGCAGAUGCCAUGCUUGCAUAUAAGAGGCUUCAGAAACCAGAUGUUAUAUUUGGCCAUGCUGAGCGAACUGCAAAAGUAGCUUUUGCAGAACCUUUACGUGAGCCAGACCCGGAGAUCAUGGCACAGGUUAAGUCUGUAUUUGUUGAUGGCCUCCCUCCUCACUGGGAUGAAGACCGUGUUAGAGAGCAAUUUAAAGGCUAUGGGGAGAUUGAACGAAUUGUGCUUGCACGUAAUAUGUCGACUGCCAAGAGGAAGGAUUUUGGUUUUGUUGAUUUCACUACUCAUGAGGCUGCUCUUUCUUGCAUUGAUAGUGUAAACAACACAGAAUUGUGUGAUGGGAACUCAAAGACAAAAGUGAAAGUCAGGCUUUCAAACCCUUUGCCCAAAACUCAGGCUGUGAAGGGGGGAUUGUGUGGUGGAUUUCGGAUUGGUCAUGGUGGUGUUGGAUCUUCCUCAAAGUUUGGAAGGGGGGGUUUUGGACGGGGAGGACAUCACUUCAACCGAGCACAAUUUCAACGUGACAGGGGUUUCUAUCAACGUGAAUAUGGUCCAACUGGUAGAUUGGGGUUCCCCAAUGCACCUGAUUUUGAUGGUCCAUACCCUGAGUUCCAUGAGAGACACUUUUUUGGAAGAGGAGGACGAAGGGGUUCUUUGAGGGGUGCUUAUCAGGGAUCUGGGGGAGGCUAUCCAGCUGCUGUCCCACCAAGACCAAAUCUUGAUAGGCCCAGGCAUGGUGCAAUUGAUAGGGGUCAUGGGAAGUACUUCCCAUUUAGGCAACAACCAUUUUUCCCUGAAGAAGACUUUGACAACUCUUUUUCUGGGAGGCAUUUUGAUGACCCUUAUCUUUAUGAGGACAAUGCACGUGGGAUAAAACGACCAUUUAUACCAGACUGGGACCCUGGUUACAUGGAACCAAGCAGGUUUCGCCCUCGACUGGAUUACUCUGACCCAGAGGUUGAUUUUCAUGGAUCUCGUUAUCGGGAUAAUUUUGAAGCUGGCAGUAGUCUCUACUCACAAGAUUAUUAUGGUCCUGAUUAUGAUAGAGGUGCAUAUCCUUCCUAUUACAGAGAUGAUCGGUCAUAUCGAGGCGGUUAUUAUUAUUAAACUCAAGUUCCUCUGGGAGGCUAUUGUUAUUAAAGCUCGAGAACCUUCGGUGGACCGGGAAUCUGGGAUGCACUGCAUUAAUGAUGGUCAAGUUGGUUGCCGCUUGAAAGAGUAGUUGAAACCAGCCUUCCUUUUUAUUCUUCUUUCCACCUGCUCUUUGUUAUAAGCUGCAAUUUCCUACUUUUUUUCCCCUUGAUUUGGCAGAUCAUUCGGAGGUUUAUGUGUCUAGUGUAGGCUAUCUUUUGGAAGGAUCUUGACCUAGAGACUAUUUUAAUUUUUGUAUGAUUAGGAUAUUGAUAGAUACUUGCUUUGCUUGCCAUAGGUAUGAAAAGCUAGAGGACAUUAGACUAUGGGCUACUUUGUUAAGUCACAGGAACUGAUCUCUUGCCAUGUUUAUGGUCUAUGUCCUGGGUUAAGUAUAUACGUGGAUGAUCCUUUAUAUUGAUGCUUAAAAGGAGACAAAUUGGGUGACUA